AUGAAGCCCGCAUCGCGUCUCUCACUCUCUGCCUCACUCAUCCUCCUUCUCCAGCUCGCGUCAGCCGCGCCCACCACGGAGGACCCGAAUCCCUUCCCUUCUGACUGCCAUCACACCUCCUGCACCAGGUACCGCAGCAACCUCCUGGCCCCGGAACCGGAACCGAAACCCCACACGCCGCCCACCCGUCUGACAACUCCUCACUUCCCGUCGCACCAAUUGUUGUCGUCCCCAGAUACCCUGAAAGAAUCCUCUUUCGACAAUACCCCCGUCACGCCUUCCGAGUCAACCAUCCCUAGCGCUGCCCUCGCCUCCGAACAGCCUCUCUCAUCCGGCUAUCUCCUCUCCCUCGCCAACCCUGCCGCCUCUCCCUCCAUCCAGAAGGCGCCGCAUCACAUCAUUAGCGACGACGCCCUCCCCUCGAAACCCACUUCCGCGCUCGCGGCACUGCGAAAGGAGGACGCGGUGCGGUACUGGGCGUUGUUGCGACCAGCAUCUACGCGCCAGGCAGGAGAGACGACGGGCAGCGAUGGACCUCGUUUCAAGGUACAGCUCUGCGGAGCCGGAAACUUCCUUUCUGAUCACUACAUCACCCUGCGAGCCGUGCACUUGUCACGAGACUAUAGUGACCUGAUGGUCGUGGGCAUCGUGAUGCUGUUCCUGAUCGUGGUCGUCGCGUUGGAGAUUGUGGAGCGGAUGGGCGAUUUGAACUCGAUGUUGACCGGUAGACGAUGUGCCCAGAGAGGAGAUAUCUACCUCGAGGACGACGAGAUGCUCGCUUACAUCGUGAAGAAGCCCGUCUCGCCCCAGUUCGACGCGCCACACUACCGGAUUCUGACAGACGAGUAUGUCGAUGAGAAGGAGGCUUUUCAAUACGACAGUGAUGCCGACAUGAGGGUUUGA